AAAGUACAGGACUUCUAUGUACACUGUUGAGUUUUAAUUUCCCUUCAGUGAAACUAAAAGUCCGGAGUCUGUUUUCCUCCUGGUCAAGUGUCCCUCAUGAACAUGUGUGACAUCACUCUAAUUAGCCUUAGUGUUAGUCUAAUCCUGUAGAUCUGCCUUGCUGUUAAUCCUUUACCUCGGUCAGUCGCUCACACACACACACACACGUAAACACACAUAAAUGAAGUUAUGUUUUAGAUGUCCUUCACCGUAAUGGUGUUUUCUCAAGCUGAGAAACAGCCACGUCUCCAGAUUCAGUCAGCUCAUCCAUUGUGAAUCAUGUCAGCAGCGAUCGUGCUAGUCUGGAUCGUCCUGUCGCUUUGUGCAGACGCUCUCUCUCAAGAGGACUUUGACGCCUGCAAACACAGUCCCUGCCAAAAUGGUGGUGUUUGCAUUAGAAACAGAGGUGAAUACAUUUGCAGAUGCUCUAAGAGUUCCCAAAAUAGCCGACUCUACGGCGGUCCGAACUGCACGGUUGUACUACGGGGUUGUGAGGGCCACCGAUGCCAAAAUGGUGCCACGUGCUCCCCUUUUCUCAGCAACAGUCAACACAGAUACAGCUGUACCUGCCCUCAAGGUUACACAGGCAACAGUUGCGAGUUUUCUACCACAUUCUCGUUUGAAAAGCGCGGUUUUCUACACAUCAAAACAACCAUUGAGGACGCAGAGACAUUUCUGAACUCUACUUUGAGUUUUCGCACGGUGCAAAGAACAGCGGCACUACUGAGCUGCGAAGUGAAUGAAUAUGUGCUCACGUUACAGCUGCAAAAUGGCCGACUACGUCACUCCGUGCAAUGGGGCAACAUCUCACAUCUGGUGGAGCUUUCUCAGGAUGUAGCAGAUGGCCAUUGGCAUAUGGUGCAGGUUUACUUAUACAGAAAUGUGCUAGGGCUUCAUUUGCAUGACCCCUUGUGCUCUGUGAAAACCUGCCACAAAGAAGCUCUAGUGGAAAUGGAUCUGGGGUCAGGGUCAGGACAGUUCUCUUUUACUCUGAUCCAGAAUGUCUAUAUAGGUGGGACAGAAAAUUCAGUAAAUCUGGACUCAUCUUUUCUGGGUUGCAUGCGGGAUGUCUACAUUCAGUCUAACCCAGUGUUUCCGGAGUUGAAGGUCAGAGCUGAGGAGUUAAAGGUGGCUUUGGGCUGCAGGGAAAGUGAUGGCUGUGAGGACAAUCCAUGCAGGAACAGAGGACGGUGUGUCAGCUUGGGAUGGAAGAAACACAAGUGUGAGUGCCAUCGUCCCUACGAGGGAAGUGUCUGCUCUGAGGAGCACAUCGCUGCAAGUUUUGGAAAUGAAGACAAGGAAAGCUAUGUAAUUUUCUAUGUAGAUGAUGACCCCAUGGACACUUUUACCGUGUCCAUGUUCAUUCGCACUCGAUGUUCAAAUGGCCUCCUCCUCGUUUUUUCAAAUAGCACCAGCUGUUACCUGCACGUGUGGCUGGAUGAUGGGAAGGUCAAAGUCCAGACGAGUCACUUUGAAGUCCUGCAGGGCCAUGACCGAGUUAACAAUGGACAUUUUCACCUGGUGAGCAUGCACGUGGAGCAGGGACUGCUCACGCUCUCGCACUCAGCUAGGACUCAGGCCUUGAUGUCCAGCCGAGGUUUGAUGGUCCGGUCAGGUGAUAUGAUUCAUGUGGGAGGCUUAGAGGAUCGGAACGCCUCGUUGGCAUUCAGUGGAUACUUUAAAGGAUGCAUCCAGGACCUACGGCUGAACUAUAAUCACCUGCAGUUCUACCCAAGUAACACACCACUGACUUCCUACAGGCUCAAGACGAUGGUGCAGGUCACACAGGGCUGCACUGGUGAUAAUUACUGUAGGGUGAACCCGUGUCUGAAUGGUGGUGUGUGUUACUCAAUGUGGGACGAUUUCACCUGCAGUUGCCCCCCAAAUACAGCAGGGCGGCGCUGUGAAGAGGUGAAGUGGUGCGAGCUUUCACCGUGUCCCGUUACUGCAGGGUGUCUGACACACGCUCAGGGGUUUGACUGUGUUACCAACGUCACUCUCCGUGAAGGGAACCCCAUCAUCAUGUUUAGAGGUAACGGCAAAAUCCGCCGCCCCCUCCGCAGCAUAACGCUGACCUUCCGCACAAGGAGACGUGAUGCCACACUGCUGUACGCAUCACGAGAAAACCACUACAUUUCUGUUUUCCUCGAGGACGGACGACUUGUUCUGGAGCUUCGGAGUUUCUUAAACUUCACACUCCGAGUACAAAGCCGCCGGGUUUUGGUAAACGAUGGACAUUGGCACAGUGUCAUCCUCAGCAUGAACAACCCAUCCGCCCUGACCUCCAGGUGGUCCAUGGUCCUUGAUGAGCGCAGAGACCAAGCAUCCAUCUCCUCUACAUCUUUUGGAGGCCUGGACUUCCUGAGGCAAGACACAGACAUUAUUUUGGGUGGCUGGGAUCCUGAAUCUGGGGCCAAUUGGGAUGGAUGUCUAGGUUGGGUGAAAAUCGGUGGCCUUGUUCUGCCAUUUUAUGCCGAAACAGAACUCAGUAUGCCCAGGCCUCAGGAGGAAAAGUUCUUGAGGGCAUCUGAAAUGCUGAACGUAGGUUGUUGGAGCUCUGAUAUUUGCAAUUCGAACCCUUGCCAAAAUGAAGGUCAAUGUGAGGAUCUUUUUGACUUCUUUAAAUGUCGAUGCCCAGCUGAUUGGCAUGGACAGGUCUGCGAGGUCAGGGUGGAUGCUUGCGCCUCGAAUCCUUGCCUUCACGGAUCCUGUGUAGUCGUUUCUGAAGGUUAUGAGUGUGUGUGUGAGUCCGGAUACCUCGGCCAACGGUGUGAAAAGAAAGAGGACGUGUGUGUGGGACACAAGUGCCGCAAUGGAGGUACCUGUCUCAGAGGAAUCAAACAAUAUGCCUGCCUUUGCCCAAGAGACACAACUGGAGCUCUCUGCCAAGAGAGAAUGCCAGAAAUACCUUGGUACAUGGAAAUGCUUCCAUCUCCCAGGUUGCCAGUGUCCAUCUGUGGAAAUUCCAAGUGGACUUACAGCUGCUUCAAUGGUGGAAACUGCUCCAUGUUUGCGGACAAGUGUGACUGCAUGACUGGGUUUACUGGACAGUGGUGUGAGCUGGAGCUGGACGAGUGCUCCUCCGGCCCGUGCCUGAACGGCGGAUACUGCCGCAACCUAGUCAACAAAUUCCACUGCGUUUGCGAAAUCAGCUUCGCCGGGGAGCGCUGCCAGAUCGACAUCAGUGAUUUCUACCUCUACGGAUUCCUGCUGAUGUGGCAGAACAUCUUCCAGUUGCUCUCCUACCUCAUCCUGCGCAUGGACGAUGAGCCUGAGAUCGAGUGGAACGCUGCCAAUGAUGAGUAAAGCAAAAAAACACCAAAGGAGGGAUGAGAGAUCAGAUCUAAUUACCAGUCAGGGCAUGUAUUUAAGAAACCCAGUGUGACUAUAGAAGCUACUGGACUAACAAGCCACUAAUUUUGUGGGGAGGGAUGAUGAGGCCUGGUAAUUUAGGUUGUGGCAUUUAAAAAAAUAAUAGGAGCACAGUUCCUUUUAUACCACAGCACGCUGACAACAAUCCCAAGCACUUGUAUGCUGGCAUGUAUGAUGGCAUGUUUGGGACACAGACUUUACAUGUCAAGAUGUUUGAGGUCAACUUCCUGCUCCAAUAUAUUUUAUAUAACAACCAAAAUUCUAAAUUUAUAGAACCUGCUGCCUUUAUAUUCCAAAACUCACCUUGUUUUAGGCAUCCAGUGUUAAAAAAACAACACUAAAUACAUAUACAUCUGUGAAUGGUAUAGCAACAUUUACAUUUCCUCCUAAAAUCCCGAGCCAUAUAGAGUUCUGCUUUGGCCUCGGAGAUAUUUCUGAGCUGGUGGCUCUUAUAUUCCAAGUAUGCCUUUCCUGAGUGAAUUAGUGUUUACUCUGGCCUUAGAAGCUCAGAGAAGUGUUGACUCCAAACCGGGGCCUAUUUCCAUAAAAGGCAAAGUGCACAAGGGACUGAAUGAAGUGUGAUGCAAUCGGAUUUCAAACCACAUCUCCCCCUAUCGGUCCGAUCCGAAAUCUCUACACUACACAUGUCACAAAAAAAGGGUCAAUGAAUUCACAAUGAAAGGAUGUGUUUUAUUUGUAAGGUGUUCACGUGAACCCUAGUUCGGGUUCAUAUCCUGGGAAAGUCACUGUUUAUAAAGAAUACGUAAAGAGUUGCCAGGAUGGAAUAGACAAACCCCAGGAUUUCUGAGCAGUUAUAAACUUGAGCACUGGAUCAUAAGCAAGAGAAGGCAGCAUGGUGGAAGACUGCACCAGUACAGGAUGAGACGAGAAGAACAAUGCCUUUGCACGUAAUGUGUACGAAACACUUUCAUUAAGCUGGGUGUUUGCUGGGCAUUUGGUCUGCACAGUUAAGCGCCACUGAACUCGAAGACCCUUAAUGUUAUCUACCCUAAAAAAAAAACAAAUACGUGGACACAGACCUGAACUUGAAUCCCUAAAGUAAAUAAUAAAAUCCUAUUUACUCUGCGUGGGCAUAGGACAAGAGUGUUCUUCAGGGCAAUACAAAAUGUCUUUACACGAGAGAUGCACAAUUUACACUGUAUGUACUAUAAUAACACUUAUAAUGUUCUAUAAUAGUUACAUAAUGCAGUAUAAGGAGUAUAUUGUCUACAAUGCAUCAUAAAGCCUAUUAUCAUGCUUAGAAUACACUAUGAUGCAUAUCACAAUGACCUAUAAGAAGUGUCAACAGGCCUAGAAUAAUGUUCACAGUGCACUAUAUGCAUCAUUCUUUCCUAUAAUGCAUUAUAUAACCUAUAAUAGCUCUUAUAAUGAACCACAAGAUCACAAUGCACACAAUUGAUUAUAAGGAUAGUGUUUACAAUGCAUUAAGGCAUAUAGUAAUGCUUAUAAAUCACUUAUAACACCUAUAGUGAACUAUAGGUCCUGUUAUAAUGCUUAUAGUACACAUUACGACUAUAGUGAUGUAUAUAUGAAGCCUUGAGGUUAUUUUGUUAGUGCUGUUAUAAUGCACUAUAAGGCCUGUGAAAAUCCCUAUAAAACAAUAAUGCAAAAAUAAGGAAAUGAGACACUAUAAGGUUGGAACUCUGCACAUAUUCUAAACAAAUGCUAAGAUUUUACACAAAGUUUGCCCAAACUAUUAUCGACUUUCCGGUAAGUACACAUCAGGUGAAUGUGCUUUUUAUUUUUUGCUUUACAAAUAAGUCACUUCCUGUCCGAAUGUCCUCAAAAACCUCUAUGACGUUGGUCAGAACCGGUGUGUGUUUUACCCCUCCCCAGUGACAAAGGGUAAACUUUGGGGUGCAUAUAUAUAUAAGAACAAA